GGUGGGCUGGGCCUGGUGGGCUGGCACCGCAGAACCAGCGGAUCUGGGAGUCGUUAUGUUUUUCACUGACGGGUGGAGCCGACAUCUCGUCGCAUCUCUGCGGGAAAGGAGGAGGACAUUUCCCCUGUGCUGCCGCCGUUACUUUCCCCUCCGCUGAACGUUUGUCGCCGCCGAGACAUCGAGGUUCUUCCUGAAGAUGACGACGACAACCACCUACAAAGGAAUGGAGCCCGGUGCUAAGAGCAGUUCCAGGGUACUACGACCGCCAGGUGGGGAAACGAGCUUCACUUUCGGCACAGAUGAAAACACGACCCCCCAGCGCAAGAACAAGAUGGCCUCUAGCAUCUUUGGAGAGCCUGAGGACCCCCAUGCUCAUCGGAGGAACAACCCACCAACUGGGGCAGCAGCAGGGACCCUGUGCGGGGAGCCCUCAGCCCCAUUGAGGCGGUGCCAGCAGCCUCUCUUGUUCCCCAAGAACCCUCAACCGGAACUGACCACCAUCCACAACUCUGGUGCAGCCUUGGUGUGGAACCAGAUACGAGAGGGUGAGAAUGGCCAAGAACAAGUAAAUGAUGGUAAGUAUCCUGAAGUCUUGGACAGUUUAUAAAAAGGCCGUCUGUCA